UGGCAAAAAAGAAUCCAAGAUUUCCUUUUUCAUGCAAGUUCGCUUCAAAACCUCUGCCUGUGGUCCGGCAGCUGUAUAUCUAGAUCAGCGGCUUCUGUAACUCAAAAGAAGGAAAUGAAGUUAACAGCGAAAGCUUUGUUCAUAAAUUUGUUGGGUACUUUUUGUUGUUCGCAAAGAAUGAAGCUCGAAUGAUUUCAACGUAAAUUUGGCGAUACUUCAAGUAAAAUCAAAUUCAUCUUCCUAUGUGUUUGGUAGAACUCCUUCAAUCGCACCUACAGAAAUUGCGAGACUUAGUCCCAAGAUGAUUUCUUAAUUAACAUUUAAGAAUUUUAAGGAGAAUUUUGUAAUGCCACGAGCAUGAAAUCAACUGGUUCUUGAUUUUCAUCAAGUGUAUUUCUUCGGAUGAAAAUCUUGGCUCCCUCCAAUAUCUUUUGCAACGAGCCCUAUAUUUGCAUAAAUUUUUUAAUAUUUCAAGUGACGUAGUUUUAGGGGAACUCCCUGAAAAAGGCCACAAACAACCAAUUUCAACAAUAUGGUUUCCAUUCUAAAUAUUGCAAGAACAAAAAUGAGACGAAGUUAAAGCCAUUUGAACGAUUCCAACACCACCAAACGCGUUGUAAUCUACAAGACAUGGGAACAGUAAAGCAUGUCGGAUACAAAUCGCAAGGAGCUCGGUGAACACGAAAAAGACUCGUCCUAUAUUGACAUUUCUGAAUCAAUAAAAGAGAAAUCGCCGUCGCAAAAAAGGCCAGCGGUUGAUCUUCUGUGCAAUGUGGACUUCCCUCGGCCGUCAAAAAAGAUCGCAGAUCAUCAGUCUUUUGAUACUGCUGAUCUUCGGAAGAUUCACGAUAAACAAAAUCUUGAUGCAAUUAAGAUUGGCGAGUCAAAGAUUGUUCCAGCUCAGACAACAUUCUCUAGCACGAAAACGACAGAAGCGGAAGAUACAAUUGAACCAGUUGAAAAAAUUCAUGUAGUAUCCAAUAAUUAUAAAGAGCAAGAUGCGUGUGGAUUGGAUAACAAAUUAUUGCAUAAUCGUGACGAUAACCUGAACGUAGAGACGAAGCAACUGGUUGAAAAAUUACAAAAAUAUCCCGAUUUGUUAAAAAAAGAUGGAGACGGCGAUACGUUACUCCAUCUGGCCAUAGUCCAUCAAGAUUUGAAUUUAUCUUUAGCGGUGAUACUUGUCAUAAGGCAGUCGAGAGGAAAAAUUGAUGGCAUCAAUAUUCAAAAUGAUUUACUUCAGACACCGUUACAUCUGGCGGUUUUGACUUGCCAACCGAAAAUAACUGACUACUUGUUACAAAAUGGGGCAAACAUUGAUGCCAUAGAUCGCAACGGUCAAACUGCAUUGCAUUUAGCGUGCAGAAAUGCUGACCUCGAAGCCACACACGUUCUGAGGAAAUUUUCUGCGACCAAGGCCAGUAGAAAUGGGUCGUUAGAAGUCGAUAAAAAGAAUUUUGAAGGUUUAGCUCCUAUUCACCUGGCUUCUCUGACUGGAAGUUGUGAAGUUGUCCAAUCGUUAUUGGAAAUGGGGGCAGAUAUUGACUUGAAGGACAGCAAAAGCGGCCGAACCGCCUUACAUCAUGCUGUCGAAGCUCAUAAUCCAAUAGUCACAAGAUUCUUGCUGGAGAAAAACGCUGACGUGGACGCGCAAACAUUUGCUGGCAACACGGCUCUACACACUGCCAGCGGUUGUCAAAUGGAGGAUAUUGUUAGUCUGCUGUUGGAGUUUCAUGCCGAUCGAAUGUUGAAAAAUGCAGAGGGAGAUCUUGCUCUCCCAGACGCAUCAACGCUAAAUCAGCCAACCAAACCAGUGCUUGCGAGAGCUGCGAAAGGAAAGAAAUAGCAAAAACGAGCAACUUAUGUAUACAAAGUAUAGAACAGUUGUAGAGCAUUUGUGUAUCAAAAAUAUAGAAAAUUUAUUGUACAGUUAUUUCAUAUAUAAUGCUGAUAGAAAGCAUCACAAGAUAGUUGAAAUAUUCUAAAAGUUAUGUUAAAAUAAUGAGGCAAUCACAUGAGCACCAAUGAAUUAUCAAAAUUAGCUCGCAUCAGCAUUUGCCUACAAAGCUUUAUUUUCAAUUUUUCACAUGACUUCUAAUAAACGCCCGGAUGAAUUUUUUCCCAAAUAAGCAGAAUGAAACGCUUUAUGAGAAGACAUGCUAUUGUACACAAAAAAGGCAAUUAAUACAUCCUUUGUGCCUGACCAAAUAUGGUAGUUUCGAAUGAUUGUCUAAAUUCUUAUUGGAAUGUAUAAAAUUUUCCAUUUGUGUUGACAAUAUUGUACGUGUUUAAGUUGUGUUAUCAAAUAAAAAUCUCACGGUUCCUUUUCA